AUGGACGCAGCUUAUGUGAAGUUUGUGAUGUGCCAGUGCCUUAUAAAUCGGGCGGACUGGGGCCUGGCCAUCGGUUGCAUGAAUGUCGUCUACUCCUUUUUCCUGCUCCAGUUCUGGGUGGUGGAGCUCAUCAAGUUCCCCGACAAUUACCCCGUCAAGUGGGUCUUGUUGUACGGCUUCAACGUCAUGUUCAAUGUGAUCACCAUGAUGAGAAUAGUCAAAAGGGAGAGUUCGGCGGUCUUCUACUGGAUGUGCGAGACAGCUGCCCUCUUAAUAUUCCGAGUACACCACAUAUACUACCGUCCAGAUGAGUUUUGGCUGGCCAAAAGCGAGUUGUACAGAGUGACCAACAUUAUAAUCGAUGUUUACAUUGGACUAUCGAUGUUGGGCAUGUUUUAUGUAAUAUGUGGGCUGCGCUUUGAGCCAGAUCGAACGUUUUCCGAUGAGGAGAUGGUCAAUGACUGCAAAUUCGAUCCAGAGGCAGCCAAAAAAGCUGAACAGACGGAUAAGGAGGAAAGCUGUGAAGGGGGAAAUGAUCGGGAUCAGUUGGCCAAACAAAAGGAACUGGAAAUGCAGGAACUCAAUCGCAAAGCCAUUUUAAAACUAGCAGAUCUCGAGAAAGGGAGAUCCCUAUCAAUGGUAGAGAUAACUUCGCCCUUUGAACCCACUGCCCCCGAUGAGGAGAGUCUUCCUUCCGGAAUAAUCUUUAUCCAUGAGACAACAGAACCUUCAGCUCCGCCAGAAAGUCAGCUCUGCCUCGAUGAGGACUUCUUCUGCGAGAUCGAUGAUAUAGGUGCCCCUGGCGAUGCACCCAAUGAUAUAUCAUUCGAUGAAUAG